GCACCGACCCCCCGGCGACAUGGACAAGUACGACGACCUGGGCCUGGAGGCCAGCAAGUUCAUCGAGGACCUGAACAUGUACGAGGCUUCCAAGGACGGACUCUUCCGCGUGGACAAGGGGGCGGGCAACAACCCGGAGUUCGAGGAGACGCGCCGGGUGUUUGCCACCAAGAUGGCCAAGAUCCACCUCCAGCAGCAGCAGCAGCAGCGCCUGCAGGAGGAGAGCCUGGCCCGGGGCAGCUGCGGACCGGCCAACGGCGGGGGCCGCCCGGGCAGCAGGCCUGCCCGGGACGGUGCGGCCAAGCCCCCUCUGGCCGCCUCCACCGGGGCCCCCGGGACCGCGUCGGUGGGCACCACGGGGCCGCCCGUGCACCCAGCCCCUCCCAGACCCUUCCUCCGGGGCGCCCGGCUGGGCAGCCAGGACUGUGUUUCCCAGGAGGGGCCCGUGACGGCUGUCCCCCGCUCGGGUCCCUGCGAGGAUCCCGCCUGCCUCACCCACGGGGACUACUACGACAACGUCUCCCUGGCAAGUCCCAAGUGGAGCACAGAACCCGGAGUGCCCUCUGGCAUCAGGGCGGGAGGCGGCCAGUGGCCUCGCCCUGGAGGGGUUGACCCACCACCGCCUGCACCCUCCAGGGACCACCCUGUGUACCAGCCACAGCCCUUGCUGAGCUCUAGCCGGGGGCUUGAGAGUGGCCACGAUGGGGCCGUGGGGGGCCUGUGGGCCACCGCCUCCUCCCAGAGGGUCAGCACCCAUCUGCCUUCCCCAGGCCCGGAGAACGGUGCCCCCCUAGUUCCUGCUCAGACCCGGACCUCGUCUUUUGCAGCCCCUGCGGCCCAAAGAGGAAUUCCACGAAUGGUCUCAGGGCCGGGGAGGGAUGUGUCAGGCUUGAUGCCCAAACCCUCCGUGGACCCUCCACCUUGGUUCCAGGAUGGGCCCAAAUCUUACCAUUCCAGCCCAGAGGCAUCCUUGGCUGCUCGAGCUGACAGUCUGCAGGUGGAUGGAGCCCCAGGACCAGGCAGCACAGAUCCUGGCAUUGGGCCCAAGCUCAGCUCUGCCAGCCUGGUCCAUUCAGCGAUGGGUACCCCGCCCGAGCUGUCAAGUAAGGAAGGGCCCCCAGGCAGGUCCCCUGAUGGCAGCUUGGGACCUGUGCUCCCUGAGGGUGCCAGUCCCCCCAGAGUGAGGCUGCCCUGCCAGACCCUCACCCCAGGCCCGGAGCUUGGGCCCUCGGCCGCCGAAUUGAAGUUAGAAGCCCUCACCCAGCGUCUAGAGCGGGAGAUGGACGCCCACCCCAAGGCUGAUUACUUUGGAGCCUGCGUGAAGUGCAGCAAAGGGGUGUUCGGGGCCGGCCAGGCCUGCCAGGCCAUGGGGAGCCUGUACCACGACGCCUGCUUCACCUGUGCGGCCUGCAGCCGGAAGCUGAGAGGAAAAGCCUUUUAUUUUGUCAACGGCAAGGUGUUCUGUGAGGAAGACUUCCUGUACUCGGGCUUCCAGCAGUCGGCCGACAGGUGUUUCCUCUGUGGCCACCUGAUCAUGGACAUGAUCUUGCAGGCCCUGGGGAAGUCCUACCACCCCGGCUGCUUCCGCUGUGUCAUCUGUAACGAGUGUUUGGAUGGGGUGCCCUUCACCGUGGACUCCGAGAACAAGAUCUACUGUGUCCGGGACUACCACAAGGUGCUGGCUCCCAAGUGUGCAGCCUGUGGCCUCCCCAUCCUUCCCCCAGAGGGCUCGGAUGAGACCAUUCGCGUGGUGUCCAUGGACCGAGACUUCCACGUGGACUGCUACCACUGCGAGGACUGUGGUCUCGAGCUCAACGAUGAGGAUGGUCAUCGAUGCUACCCACUGGAAGAUCACCUCUUCUGUCACUCUUGUCAUGUCAAGAGGCUGGAGAAAGGGCCCCCACCCACAGCCCCAGCCCAGCACCGCUUUUAGCUCGGCCUUCUCCCAGACCUCAUGGGGGAUGGGAAGCCGGACUGUGGGGGGCGCAAGAGGAGCCUGCCCAUUAAUUUGAGUGACCCUGGGCGUGGAGAGAGGAGAGGCGGGCAGCAGGAGAGGGUUCGGUGCCUCUGACCUGGUUAGAUCCUUGGUUGGCAUAUCAGCCCCAUGCCUUUCUCUCCUCCACCACGCCUCCCUCGGAUUACUCAGGAAGACGCCCCCCCAGCAAGUAGGUGGCACGUGACAGGCAGUUGCUUCAGGGGUGAUCUGCUCGUCCUUUCUGGAAACUGCUCCCACUUAAGAGGGAGAAAGGUGGCCUGAGUGCUUUCACCAUAUCCUCUGAAGAGCAGCAGCUGCGGACAGGACACGUCUAUCCUUGGUCUCCCCUCUGAGCACAGGCCCACGUCUACGCCCCAUGAUCUGAGACAUCCUUCUAAUGUAGCCCCAAGGCUGCUUGAUUGCAGGAGUGUUCUCUCUGUGCUUUGGAAUCUGAGAGGAAUUCACUAACUGGUAAAGCAGGGCUGAGUUCUGACCUGCAGGAGACCAGAGCUUCCUCCUUGUACCCUGACGUUAUCCUCUGAUGCUCCUUCCAGCCUCUGCUCACCGAAAGGCCGCUGGCUGGGGGCCUGACAGAGACUCACCCCAGGUUAGCCU